AUGUCGACAACGCCGAGUGGGUCGGCAUCCCGCCGGGGUGCCGCCGCACGGCGCCGUGCUGCCCCACGUCAACGUGGUGCCGCGGCUGCGGAAGACGAGACUGACCAGGUGCGUGCCCUGCGUGCCAAAUACCCGACACAGCUUGCGAUGCUAUCGGAGCUAUUCCCAGCCUGGUCGGAUGAAGACCUUUUGUUUGUCCUCCAAGAGAGCCAGGGUGAAGUCGAGGUGGCUGUAGGCCGCAUUAGCGAAGGCCACGCUGAACAGUUCUCCUCCGUGAAAUCGAAAAAGACGCAGAAGAAAGAGGCAGCGGCAGCACAUGCUGCUACCGUGCCAACGACCACUAGCUCCACCGCGACACCCCCUGCGACUGUCGUGCCUGCGCCUGCACCGACUGUUGCCUCCGCGGAAGGUGCGUCGUCGCGUCGUGCUCGUACACAUGAACGUGGUUCGCGUGGUCGUGGUGCUAGCACCCCUGCUGCGCGUGGUGGCCGCGGUGGUUUCCGUGGUGUAGCGCGUGGCGGUUCUAAUGCCGGUGUCUCAUCGACGAUGGGCGCUGGUGUGCCGAAUGAUACGACUGGCUCUAUGCCCGUAAUCACCACGGCGGCGGCCUUUGGUUUGAAGACGCCGCAACCCACGUCUACGACUUCCACCCCUGCCACUUCCGCCCCGAAUGCCACGAACACAACCGCUACUACCACCAAAACUCCCGCUUCGAAGUCGAAGGCGGCUAUGAGCUGGGCCCAGAUUGCUCGUCCUGCCGAGCCUAAGCCGGCACCGGCCGCGACGGCGCCUACUGCUGCUUCUGCUGCUGCUGCUGCGCCAGCACCAUCCGCAGCGACCCCUACGUCGGCGACCGACUCGGUCACGCCAGCGACGGAGACCACGUCGAGUGAAAAGACUUCGUCCGCGGACGCACCCGCGAAAGCUGUCUCGGUGCCGCCACCCGGCGAGCAAGAGACGUCGCUUUCCGAGGCGAAGGCGGCGGCUGUCUCAGCGGCAGCCUCGUCUGGCUCCGCACCGAUUGCCGCGGCGGCUGCGGCGGCCGCUUCGACAGGCUCGCGUCCUUCGCGUUCGCAGCGUCCUCCGCAAGAUGCGGCGGUGGUGAUGCCCGGCAAUGCCUCGUCACUGGACCGUCUCGGCAUGCAGUUCGGCAGCCUGAACUUUGGCGCACCGAGUACCCCGACGAACGAUACGCCUGCGACUGAGUCCACGACGGCGCCCCCGAUUGAGACGCCUUCGUCGGCGCCAGCGGGAGCAGCUGCUUCGACGCAUUCUGCUAUGCCAGCGACGCAGCCCGCCCCACAGCCUGUGCGUGACUACGACGCAUUCAAGGGAAGUGCGUUUGCAGGUACGGGUACGGGCACGGGCACCUAUGGCCUGAGUCAUGCAGCACCGACGCACGACGAUGCCAGUCUGUACCACCAGGCCGGCACGCCGACAGGUAUGCCUGCAUCGUCGGCGCCCGGGUACUCGUCGAUGUAUGCGUUUGACUCGCACCAGCGCAUUUCGCAGCAGCAGCCGUACGGCCACAGCGGUAGCGGCGUUGGCACUACGCUGCGCUCGGACGACCGUAUGCCGGCCUCGUCGCAGCCUGCGACGCCCGGUGCGCCGCCGGUGCCUGACGCGGCGGCGGGUAUGCAGCAGCAGCCCUUCCCGAAUGUGAUGCCGUACUACUACCCGUACUACAUGCCGAACCAGUUCCAGCACUUCUCGCCUGCCGCUGGCUUUGGCCAGUACCCGUUGUACGGCGGACAGCCUGCGGCUGCUCAGCAGCAGCAGCAGCAGCAGCAACAGCAUCACCACCAUCCACCACAGCAACCGCAACAGCCGCCGCAGCCUGGCGCCAAGGCGGGUGAUGUGACUACGGGUGGCGCCUCGGGUCUUGGCUCGUACGUGCACCACGACAACACGAGUGCUGCGUCGUACGAUGCGCAGGGCUUUGGCCAGCGUCUGGGUGGCAGCAGCAACGAGUUCAAGCUGCCUGGCGCUUCAGAUGCCACGAGCAACAAUGGUUUGCCCGGCCUGAGUUUCCUGGGCGGUGCGUCCGGUGCUGGCGCGCCGCCGGGCAUGUCCUCGGCAGGUCCUGCGCGUGGCGGCGCGAGCAGCGCGGCGGGUACGCCAGGUGGCUCCACGCCGCUGGACUACCGUGCCUUUGAUGCGAGCAAGUCGCCGGCCGGUCGUCCUGCUGGCACGCCUGGCGCUGGUGGUCCGCCGCCGCCGCCGCAUGGUGUGCCUACGCCGGGCGCCCAGCAAGGUACCGCUGCCCCGAUGGCGGCUGCGCAGCAACACCCAGCGUACUACCAGCAGUACGCUGGCUUCAUGCAGGCCAAUGCGUACGACGGCUACUCGUACGGUCGUCAGCCGUACUGGGCUUAG